AUGUUGCUAUUGUUUCUAUUKAUCUUAUUAACACAAGGYGCUGGAAAAGCCUUGUCAUCAGAAGUAUCAGACCCAGACCUCCCCGAUCACUGUCUUAGGGCCCAUAAUGACUACAGGAACAGGCACAAAGCCUCCAAACUACAAUGGUCCACGGAGCUCGCACAAGAGGCCCAAAAAUGGGCCGACCAUUUAGCAGCUAUAGAUCAAAUGGAAAGGGACUCUAAUACGAAGGAUGGGGAGAAUAUAUUUUAUAUGUACGGAGGGGACCCCUCUGAGGCGUGUGACAGGGCCGUUGAGAACUGGUACUCAGAAGUGAGGAAUUACGACUUUAAAGAUCCACAUGAGAAUCCAACUACUGACCACUUUAGUCAGAUCGUGUGGAAGAAUACAAAGGAUUUAGGGGUUGGGACAGCUCAGAGCAAAUCUGGAAACUUUUUCCUGGUGGCUCGCUACAGACCAAGUGGUAACACUGAUGGUUCAUUUCAAGAUAAUGUUGAAGCAGCGUCAGAUGCAAAUAUCAAAGGGGAAUCACUGGAAUCGACUUCCACCAGACCACCAAAAGAUGCAUCUGAAGCCGCAAAGGAGGAGUCACCAGCAGGCCCACAGUCCCAACCCAAACCCUUCACCGGAAGUCACUCCGCACUUCCGGAUCAAAUCUUUGAAAGCGAACUUUCAACCAAGUCUGAGCAUGCAAGGCCGGAAAAGAACGAGAAACAUAAGGAUGGAUUUGCUGCUAACCCACCAAUGAACCCUGGCGCUGAUAUGCUAAUGGCACCUCCCAAAUAUGGCAAAGACUAUCAAGUCGAGAUCCGUUUUCCAACAAUUCAGUUCACGGAGAAGAUGAACACACCCCAAUCGAAGGACUACCAGGACGUAAAGCUCGCUAUUACAUCGGCGAUUCUACAGCUCUAUGAAGAUUUUGCCCCAUUCCAGGAAGUUCAGCUUUUGGGUUUAAGAAAUGGAAGUGUUAUCGCAACUCUUGGGCUCAUAUUCACAAAAAUUGGCCACAACUACCUUGAUAGGCUUACUGAGAAAGUCGCCGCGGGAAAACUGGGAGAUCUGGAUGUAACACGUGACUAUGUUGCUGCUGAUGUAUUGCCCGAUGGAUACCUCAAGCUAACUCUUCCAAACCAGCGCACUGGUCAAUGCCCACUACCAUGUGCCAACCCAAACAAAUGUUUUGAAGUUGGAUGUUCACUGUCCUGUUGCGCGUAUGAACCCGUUAUCUCUCCUACUGAGGCUGCUCCUGUCCAGGAAACUCAUGCUGUAGGACCACCAAUCCCUGCACCAGCACCAGCMCCAGCACCAGCCCCAGUACCAGCACCASUACCWGCACCAGCACCUGCGCCAGCACCAUUACAAUGUCCAGGAACCUGUCCACAGAAUUGUGCMCCUACAUGCUCUGUGGAAUGYUGUAACGAUAAAYUAAUGGAUGAUUCAGCUACAUCUACUCCAGCAGCUACAGUAGGACCAUCCGUGGCAACAACCGAUCCUUCAGCAUUUACGUUCAACGGGUACUGCCCUGCACCAUCUUGUCCAGCCUCGUGUUUUCCAGAUUGCAAUGAAGAUUGCUGCAAUUCCCCUGAAGUGACACCAUGCUCAAACCAAUGCAACCAGUACUGCUCAACAGAAUGCCCUCAAGAAUGCUGUGAAAGGAAAUCAAAGGUUCACCAAAGACAUCCACAAAAAUCUUUUCUUCUCCCUCCUCUUCACCAUGGCAUGUACCCAAAACCGGCKUAUAUGUAUAGGCCCAAAACCAAUGCCCUGAGGAACCCCAUUAAACACCUUAAACAAGUACCACACAGGCCUCAACGCAUUAACGCAUUUAGCUAUUCAUCACUUUGGCAGCCAUAUCUCAAACUGGCUCAAAACUACGGGUAUGGMGGUGCKAAACGUGGUACAUCCAGGAGUAAAGUGGCCACAAGAGCUAAGCCUCAAGCCAAGGCAAGAGCCACACCAUACAGCAAGAUACCGUCCCACAACCGAUUUAUACCAUCCCCAGCACAAAAGAGAUCACCGUUUUAUGGACGAAUCCAGAAAUCUAAUUACUAUGGCAACGGCCAUGGAAUGAAACUUAUCAAGGACCUAAAAUCCAAGGGUACUCCAGUGAAUGUCAAAUAUGCGUACCGCUAUGGGAACCGACUGCUUGUUCCAGUAGAUCUACCAAAGGACAUGGAGUUUAAAGAGAUGAAAGGAAAAAAGUUUAUCAGCGUGCCAGCAUUCAGGAGAAAUGAAAUACCGCGACCCGGCAAAUAACUGACUCUUGACGCAUAGUACAUAGAGUUGUCAUAAUUUCACUAUUUCUCAUUUACUAUUAGCAACAUCUUAACACACCAUGCUAUAAUGGUAAAGAAUUGUGAACUCUCUAUAUAAAGACGAUUGUAUGUGGAUAUGAAUUUGAUUUUAUAAAUUGUGAUUAUAUUCUAUAGACGAAAACCUCUGCUCUUGUAUUUGGCAUGCAUUCUGACGAAUAGACUACUUCCGUUCUUGCAUAGUAUGACGGGAAAUUAAGUUAGGGCGAACUAGUAUUCCAAAGAUUUGAUAGUCUACUUUAAGUUAAGGUCGAUUUAAGUUGUUUGACAUGUUCGUCUGACAAAAAAUAAUUCCAACGAAACAACGGAUGAGGGAAGAAUAAAUKAUUUAUUCGCGUGUAACGAAUCGUUCGAAAGGACAUUUGUUCGCCUAGACAAUUUAGACGGCAUUUAGUGUUAAAACGACCAAUGGGUGACCAUGGUAGCUACAAAAAACUUUUUUUUUCUAAAUUAUAACGACAAACAAGGAUGAUAGUACAUAAUGUCAUGUUGUAUUAUAUAUUGCUAUAUCUAGUUACGAUGUUAUGAUGUAUUUUCCAGUUUAUGCAUGAAUAUAUUGACGAUUAUUAGAAUUUACAGUUAAUAAAAAAUUGAGUUUUG